UCUCUGGUCCUUCCUUCACAUUAUGCCUAGCUACCUAAUCAUUACCACCUCCAAAUCCUCCUAUAUAUUCAAACCUCUCUUGCCACUACCCAAAACAUCAUCAAUUCAUCACAAUACAAUACAUCCCAAGUCUUGUUCUUCUUCUCAACGCUCUGUUCUGCAUACUAGCUAGCUCAGCUCAGCUCCCCGAUCGCAAGAUGUCAUCAUCUAAUAAGCUCCAGCUUUGUAUGAUGAUAGCUGCCAGCCUGGUGGCAGUGGCCCUGGCCGGAAACUUCUACCAAGAUGCCCAAAUGUAUUUCGGCAAUGGACGCGGCCAAGUGAUGGAUGGAGGCAAGAUGAUCGCCCUCAAACUCGACAAAGAAUCCGGUUCAGGCUUCCACUCCAAAAAUGAGUACCUUUUUGGCAGAUUUGACAUGCAACUCAAGCUUGUCCCCGCCAACUCUGCUGGCACUGUCACCACCUUCUAUCUGUCAUCUCUGGGAGAAGGGCACGAUGAAAUCGACUUUGAAUUCUUGGGGAAUGUAUCUGGGCAGCCUUACACAGUCCAUACCAAUGUAUAUUCUCAGGGGAAAGGUAACAAGGAGCAACAGUUCCAUCUCUGGUUCGACCCAACUGCCGCAUUUCACACUUACACCAUUCUCUGGAACCCUCAAAGAAUUAUUUUCAUGGUGGAUAACAGUCCGAUCAGAGUAUUCAACAAUCACGAGAGCAUUGGGAUUCCAUUCCCAAAGAGCCAGCCCAUGAGAGUAUACUGCAGUCUGUGGAAUGCGGAUGACUGGGCAACCCAGGGAGGAUUGGUGAAGACAGAUUGGUCACACGCUCCAUUCACUGCCUACUACAGAAACUUUAAUGCCAACGCUUGUGUGGUAUCAAACGGAGUUUCUUCCUGCAAUUCCAAAGCAGCGUCAAACAGCAAUCAAGAAUGGCAAACGCAGGGGCUUGAUGGCAAGGGCAGGAAUAGAGUCCGAUGGGUGCAAAGCAAGCAUAUGGUGUACAAUUACUGCGCCGACGCCAAGCGCUUCCCGCAGGGCUUCUCUGCUGAAUGCAAGCGCUCAAGGUUCUAGGGAAAUCAUAUGAUAAGUUGUUGGAAUUGCAUAGGAUGAUGAAGAAGAACUGGCUUUUAGCCUUUUAGGCUUUUGGCAUUGGGUUUGAUUUUCCAUUUCAACAAUUUAUAUGCGUGAGUGUGGUUGAUCGAGCAGGAAUUCUUUAUUCUUUUGUCAUUUCAAUAAGGGGAUCGGAGUUGGAAAAUUGUAAUCGAAUCAUUUGUGAUACACUGUAUGUAAAGUAUUAUAUGUACUGAAUCAAUUGCGAGUGAAAUUCUUUAAUUUCAUAA